AUGCACAGCCACCCUCGUGGCCACCUCCGACGGUGCACCAACGUUCACCAUGUAAUGCAGCUUCACUCCCUCUUCAUCAAAUCCGCCCUCGAUCGAGAACCCGACGCGCUCGCCGGCCUCAUCCACCUCUGCGCGGUGUCGCUUGUUGGCCUCAUCGACUAUGCUCGCUCCAUCUUCGACCACAGCCAUGGGCGAUCCUCCCUCUUCGCCUGGAACGCCUUGUUCAGAGGCUAUUCCAGGAACCGAUUAUCACCGUCUUCACUUGUGUUUUCAAGCUCAACGAAAUGCAUCCAAUUGUUCAACCAGUUCAGAAGAAGCGGUGUUCUGCCCGAUAACUUCACGUUUCCCUUCGUUCUCAAGGCAUGUUCUUCUUCGCUCAUGUUGGGAGUAGGGAAACAGAUUCACUCUGUCGUUCUGAAGAUGGGUUUUGCGCGAGAUUUGCAUGUUCUUAAUACUCUUGUUGGCAUGUAUGGGGCGUGCGGCUCCAUUGAAGAAGCAAGGAAAGUGUUCGAUGAAAUACCUGAGACAGAUACGGUGUCAUGGAGCUCCAUUAUGGCGGCAUACGUGCAUCGUGGUCUAUAUGCUGAUGCAUUAUUAGCAUUUUGUGAUAUGAAAUUUGCGAGUGUCAUGCCGAACUCUAUCACCUAUGUAAGCCUUUUGUCGGCCUGUUCUGGUCUCGAUAGUCUGAGAUUAGGUGAAAGCGUUCACAAUCAGAUUAUUGUUAAUGGCAUUGGUCUGGAUGCUCCUCUAGGCACUGCUCUUCUGAAUAUGUAUGCUUCUUGUGGAAAAGUUAAUAGUGCUUUUCAGGUUUUCAAUGGUUUGGUUGUGAAGAAUCUGGCAACAUGGACAGCCAUGAUUAGUGCUUCCGCUAAACAUGGUCGGGCAGAAGAAACCGUUGCAUUAUUCUCACGAAUGCAACUUGAAAAUUUUGAACCUGAUAGUAUGGCCUUCACAAUUAUUCUUUCUGCAUGCAGUCAUCUUGGUUUGGUAGGAGAAGGUCGCCGAUUAUUUGAUAAUAUGAGAGACACUUUUAAUAUUGAGCCCACAAUGGAGCAUUACGGUUGCAUGGUAGACAUGCUGGGGCGCGCUGGGAUGUUAGAUGAAGCAUAUGAGUUCAUGAUGAAGAUGCCAUUCAAACCUAAUAGUGUUAUACUGAGAAGUUUCGUUGGUUCCUGUAGAAGCCAUAGUCGGUUUGUUGGCGUUGAUGAAGGCAUGAUGAAACUUCUUGAAGUGGACCCAGAUCUUGGAGCAAAUUAUGUGCUUGCAGCAAACAUUGCUGCUCUAUCAGGCCGUUGGGAUAACACGACUAAGUAUAGAAGAAUUAUGAAAGAGAAGAAAUUGAAAAAGACCGCUGGGUGUAGUUUGGUUAAACUGUAA